AUGGUGAAACGCGAAUCCGAUGAUGCCGAUAGAAGCAGCAGCAGCAAGAAGCUUCACUCUGAAUUCGCUGCCGUUAACGACGCUGACUAUCAAACUCCUAAAGGCCGUCGAGGUAUUCGUUCUCGGUACCUCGCCGUCACAAACAUGAUUAACGAUGAAAGGGACGAAAUAGCUAGGCCUGACACUGACAAGUUUGAUUUUAUCUUUAAUGAAGUGGAGAGCUUACAUCAGCUAGUUACAAAACCAAGAGAACAAGUAGCUGAUGCGAAGGCUCUUUUGGACAUCACCAAAUCCCUGGUAAUGUUUGUGAAAUCUAAUGCCACUGGUGGACUUACUCCUUCAGGCUUUGUCACCCACAUUCUUGAAAAAUUUGGAGGACAAGGUGGACCAAGUAAUAGCGCAGAAGAUUGCAGCAGAAACUCAAUAGCUUGGAAUGAUAUUGGAGUUGCAGUUUCGCAUGUUUUUAGAGGGGCUUCUGGUUGUUCUACAAUGAUUGGCCCAACUGAUGCCAAAAUAAAGGAGAGGAAGGUUGUUAAUCGUCGAAACCGUGAGCGAACCACCGAAUUGACGCGGCCAGAAGUGCUUGGUGAAGAUUCAAGAGAAGACAGUACUGGGACAGAUAAAAAUAUGUUAACUAUGUUUAACAUCUUAAGGAUAAAUAAAAUUGUCAAGCUUGAAAAUCUGGUUUUAAAUAGGAACUCCUUUGCACAAACGGUUGAAAAUUUAUUUGCUUUAUCUUUUUUAGUCAAAGAUGGACGAGCUGAAAUAAAAGUGAACGAGGCUGGAUGGCAACUAGUUUCGCCAAGGAAUGCUCCAGCUGCAAAUGCUGUUCAUUCCAAGGAUGUUGUUUUCAGCCACUUUGUAUUCCGAUGUGACUUCAAUGACUGGAAGUUGAUGCUUCGCUCUGUUGGGGAUGGAGAGGAGCUGAUGCCAGAUAGGAAUUGUCAAUGACAGAGUCAGUGUGUGGUAUCUGCAUAAUCUUAUGAAACACUGCGUACAACA